GUCAUCAACGAAACAACAUCCAUUAUACCUCCUCCGCAAGAGACAAGUAACGGAUUCGUCUUUGAGUCUCCAAGCUACGCCGAUAUCUCACCAAGAUCUACCAUGCCCACAAUGCCCGUCCAGACCACCUACGUCGAGAUUUCCCAACAGGCCAUCGCUGCUGCCGAUGCUGCUCUCAACGCCCCCGGACAGGCGGGAAAUGCAGGCAAGCCACCCAGCACAACAGGCAUCACCAGGUAUAUGGAACAAGCUACCCAUGCCGAUGGGACACCGGUCUACGGCAACCAUCAGGCGAGGCCGAGGAAAUGAAUUACCGCCGCCGUAUCGGUUGCUGGUUUCUAUCAUAUCAUGUUCGGAUUAUUGUUGGGUUGCAUGCUUCUGAGUUCGGGGGGUAUUUUUUUAUUAUUAUUAUAAGGAUUCUGUUAUUUCAUAUGUCUGGUGCACUCAGCAUAGGGUUUAGAUUGGUAUUUAUGGAAAAGGGGAAAUUGCCGAGUCCGGGCGUUUGAUAAAAGCUUUAUUCUUAUUCUAUUAUUAUUCUUACUGGUUCUUCAAGUUUUCCCUUUUCCUCAUUUUUCUCUCUCUCUUUCAUUAUUCCCGUUCCUUUUUCUAAGCAGGAGGUAAUUCUGUUUCGAUUUUAACCCUAACCCCACUCCCCCCCUUUUCUUGAUUUUUUUUUUUUAAUGAGAAGCCAUCAUGGGCACAGGUGGGAUUGGAAGAAUGGCUUAUUUUUUUU